AUGCGGGCUGAAGACAAAGCAGAGGUUGGAAGGAAGGCCGAGGGUGGCCGGCCGCCAGCAGACACGGACGGGAGAGAGAUCUCUGUCCUUUCAGUCCACCGGGUUGCGGUGUUUGCCACGACGCCCCAGCAGGGCUGGCAGCCGCCCGGGCCCUCCUCCGGGCCCUCCUCCGGGACCUGGCGUCUCAGCCUGGAGCGGGAGGUGUCACCAGCUCGUGUGGCCGCUCUCCACCUGCAGCCAGGCCCCAAACGUCAGGCCCUCCUGCCAUGGGCACUUAAGCUCACCUAUGGCCCUCCAAACAGAAUCCACUUCAGCCGCAAAGCCAAAGGCCACGGCGUCGGGAGCCUCGCCCAAGGCCGCUCCAGCGGUUUGUGGAAGAGCCAGGACUCAGACGCCUUCGGGCCUGACUUCCGUUCUCCCCCGGCCGCCCCCCAGGGGGAGCAUCGCCUCAGCGGCCCCCGGGUCGCCCCACCGCUUCCGCCCCCGCUUGGACACGUGCUGUGGCCUGGGCCACAAUGGGUUUUGCUCGAGGCCUGUGCCCUGCCCACUCCCUCAGCCACGUCCCGGCUCCCCUCCUCCAAGCUCAGGGCUCGGGGCUGCCGGGCGUCAGAGCAGCAAGCGGCCGGUCCCCCUGCGCCCCCGGGACCUUCGGAAGCGGCCACAGUCCCCGAGGGGGUGGGACCGGGGUCUGUGUCUGAGGGCGCAGCCAACGAGGGGGGUCCCGGGGACCACCACGGGCAGGACCCCCAAGUGGGGGGCUUCCCUGGGCUCGGGGUCUGUGGGGAGGAGGGUCAGAGAGGGCUCCCCACCCGGUAUGGGGUGCGCUGCCCGCACUCCGCCGACGCGGUCGGUGGACGCAUCGACUCCGGAGGGGCAUGCGCCCCCUCCCAGUGCCCUGCCCGGCAGGCACGCCCCGUCCUUGCACCGUCCCGGCGCGGCACCGGGGCGGCUGUGCGCUCGGUCUCCCGACAGCUGCUCGGCAGACGGGCGCCCGGGGCCUCCGCGUGCCAGCCCGGCCCGGACCCCGGGGGCGCGUCCGGUCGCCACACAUGGAGCACACGGGUGCUCACGGGCUCUGCCGGGAAGGGCCGAGGGGCCGCCGGGAGCACGGGGACCACCCCGAGCGAGCUGGCGGGAGACGCGGAUCGGGGGACUGGCCUGCGGGGCGUGCACCGGGCGUGGGUGCAGACAAAGCGGACGAGGGACAGGACCGACCCUGGGGGUGGAGACGGGGGUGGGGAGGCCGGCCCGGGGCCUGAGCAGCGGUCCGUCGAUGCCACCCAAGUGUACGCCCCCCUGAGGCGGGGACCGCACCUGCGCAGAGAGCAGGGGGCCGCUCGGGGCCACGCGACUGGCGCCUCGCCCUCCAAGACAACCCCCGCCCAUGCGCCCGCCCCCUCCCGCGACCGCCGAGGGCAGAGCGGCUCUGCCCCCGGGCCCAGCCUUCCCCUCCGCGGGCCUGUCGUCUGCUGUUGGCCACGCGCCCUGGGGGUCUCUGCCCAGCGACCCUCCUUCCUGGUCACUCCUGCCCGCGGUGCCCCGGUGCACGUCCCGGGGACCGCGUGGUCACUGACAGCCACGUCCAGCGGGUCACUCGCUUUCGUCCAGGCUGGGUGCGGUGAGGGUGCUGGCCCGAGGCCGGCGACCACAAAGGCCAACCUUGGAGGAGCCCACAGCCCCGGGGGCACCGCCCGCCUGCUGGCCCCUCCAGCCCAGCCCCCCGCCCAGGGGCUCCUCCGCCUCCCCUGGUCAGUCGCCCUGGGGCCCCGCGUGGUGCCGGGCAGAGAAAGGUGCGGCCACCGGCUCGGGUGCCACAAGGUCCCGGUGCCGCCCCGAGUGGACCUCAGCUCCCACGGCCGAGUUGAGCGCACCGGGGAAAAGGACAUCUCGGUCCAGCCUGGGAGCACGUCGGCCCCUGGGACUGGGCGGAAUGAGGCAUUCACCGUCGGCAGAUGUGGUGCAGCCGCGUGGCCGCUCCCUCUCAAGGCCCAGGGGGGCCCCCAGCUGGUCCUCGAGGUGGAGGAGGGGGCCUCCCUCCUGGGGGCUCAGGCUACCCGUGGUUUAGGCAGGAGCUGGCUCAGUGUCGCCCGCCGCGUCUCCCCAACCCCGGGAGGCCUUCAGGUCCAGCUGGCUCAGGGGCACCAUGCUGCCUGCCCGCGAGCUCGCUGUGCAGGGCUGCUCGGGCUCGGCUCAGGGCCUCUGUCCACCAAGCACAGCUGCGUGGGGUCACCCGGCACCGGUGCGGGCUGUGGCCGGAGUGCCCUCCGGGGGCUGGUGGCCGCGGGCAGCUGGAUGCCUGCAGACAGGAGCCCCGUGGGGACGGCCCGGCUCAGGGCCCGCCUGGGGAGGAUGGGGGCAGCCGGGGACCUGGGCUCCCUUGAGCCCUGCGGAGACCCUGGGAUGCCCACAUUAUGGGCGGGCCGCCCCUGCCGCCCCUACCCACCGGGCAGCGGGCGGCCCUGGCCCCAGGCCUUGGCAGCUGGCAGCCCUGAGAACAGCAGCGGAGCCGGUGUGCAAGCCGCCUGGCCCUGCCCAGCGCCCAGCGGCGGGGGCCCCGGUGGGGACAGGGCAGUGUUCCCCUCACCCCGCUGGGGCACGUGUCCUGUGAGUCACGCCCUCCCUCCCGCCAGCCCUCCAGGGAGGUGUGGUGUCUACAGGUGCGUCGGAGGGGAUGAGCAGGACAGGGGGUCUGUGGACCCCAGUGCUGGGGGGGCGGCCACAUGGGCGCCGCAGGUGUGCCGGGUCUGGCAGCCCAUCCACCGGGGGGAGGAGGGGUGCGCCUGGGGCAGUGGGCUCCGCGGGGCACCGGGCGCUCGGUUCCGCUCAGCAGGGAUCACGCCGGCCGCCCGGGAGCCUGGCCACCGACCCUUCCACCCUCGGAGCCCAGGCCUCACCCGGGCCCGCAGACACCUGCCGCAGGGCCGGGGAGAUGCCGCUCUGUACCAAAACGGCGCAUCGACUGGGCCAUCUUCUCUGCACCGUCCUUCUUAG